GGCGCCGCCCCACCCCGCCUCCUCCAGCCUGGUGGUUCCGCAGCCGUACUCUCCUGGCCUGGUGUGCACAGCCUCACCAUGAGUUCUUCUGCAGCCAGCCCGCUUUUCGCGCCUGGCGAGGACUGCGGCCCCGCGUGGCGCGCGGCCCCCGCGGCCUAUGAUACGUCUGACACGCACCUGCAGAUCCUGGGCAAGCCAGUAAUGGAGCGUUGGGAGACCCCCUACAUGCAUUCGCUGGCGGCUGCUGCUGCCUCCAGAGGGGGCCGGGUCCUGGAAGUGGGCUUUGGGAUGGCCAUUGCAGCCUCCAGGGUGCAGCAGGCCCCCAUAAAGGAACACUGGAUUAUUGAAUGCAACGAUGGGGUCUUCCAGCGUCUACAAAACUGGGCCCUGAAGCAGCCACAUAAGGUUGUUCCCUUGAAAGGCCUGUGGGAGGAGGUGGCACCUACACUGCCUGAUGGUCACUUUGAUGGGAUUCUAUACGACACAUAUCCACUGUCUGAAGAGACCUGGCACACUCACCAGUUCAACUUUAUUAAGACUCAUGCUUUCCGUUUGCUGAAGCCUGGGGGUAUCCUCACUUACUGCAACCUCACGUCCUGGGGGGAACUCAUGAAGUCCAAGUACACAGACAUCACUGCCAUGUUUGAGGUACGCUGCCUGAUAGCAAGUGGGGGCUCCGACCCAAAAGCCAGGCAGUGGCCCGGCAAGUGUGGUGUUGAGACCCAUGACAUGGGGGAGAGGUCCAGUCAGGGCUUCUCUGCAGCCCAACCUACUGCUCUCUGCCUGUGGGGCGGUGCCUGAGAGAUGCCCUCCAGGGCCAUCAGGACAGCUUCCCUUCAGCGCAUGAGGCAGCUCUUGGCACAGAAAACUCCUCUUGCUCGAGAGGCCUACAGCAGGCCUGUGCAAGGAUGCUGGUCUGAGACACAGCUGAGGUCAUCAGGAAACUGUUGCCUGCAUAGAAUUCACACUCACACUAGGCCCUGUCCCGCAUCAUCAGUGGUGACCUGUGACCCCUCC